AUGCGUCAUAUAUUUUUGCUCCAACUCCUUGACGGUGUACUUGUGUGCUUAUACGCUUCAAUCGUAUCAUCCUCAUCCAUCAACACUGUGAUGACGGUUAUUUUUAAUCAAGACACAAUGAUACACUAUAGCUUUGUGUUAGACGUCCAGUCAAGCAACUCGGAUUGGGGAUGGAAAGUGAUCGGACAAAGAUGCCAUAGUAAAUGCAUUAAAUGUACAAAAUCUAAUGGAUCGAGCAAUUACUACGAUGACUUUCAGGGACCGCGUAGGGUAGAUUUUCAUUGGUUACGUUUUAAGUGCUUGAAAAAGAUAAACGGAUUACAUUCAUAA